GUGCCAGCUCCUUUGGGAAUGUCAGCGCUGGAUUUAGCAUACUAAGAAAGGACUGGAAGUUCAUGGGCUGGAUGGACCUUCUGAGGCUGAAGCGGACCCCGAGGGGCUGUUCUGCAUCACCACCCGCAGCCAUGCGGAAACCAAGGACGAUCCAUGGCAAACAACGCGCGGAAUCAUGCCCCUUGUCCUGAGCAAGAGAGAUCCAUUCAUUUCCAAGUUUUACGAAACGCUCGCUCUUGCCAAAUCCGCUGCUAUCUCCAAUGGACCCGAAUCCACCUCCAGACUGCACAUUGCCGAACUGGAGCUAUUCUGCAACGUCUUUACUGAAACACAGUAUCGCGAUUUUAAAUUCAAGGGUGAGGUCACGCUGUUUUACACAACUGUCCCGAAUCAUCCUGUGGAAGUUACCCCAUUCUCAAGAUUGCCCCAGUUCGUCGGCAUGAUCCAAACGUCGGACUAUGGCCUUAGAGCCAUUUUGAGGAGCAAGACGAGUCUUCAUCGGAUAGGUGGUCCAUCAAUAGCUGCAGAAGACUCGAAUCAGUUCCUGGACGCGGAUGCGUUCCAGGUUCAUAUCUCCGAACUCCUCGCGAAUCUUCAAUGGACAGCAUACAGCUUUAAUCCAUACCAGAGCCCACAUCUACACAUCAGCAGGGUCUACAUGGACACCGACUAUCUCUAUAAAACUGCCAGCUCGUUCUCGAAGGCGGCGACAUUAAAGGCCAAGGGCCUUAGAAAGAUUCGGGAAAGCGCUGGAAUCUUAACGUUCUCGGCGCGCUCGCCUUCAAAUCAACAAUACAUAUCGGGACACCAGCACCGACGCAGUGGUUCCUUCUCGCCCCUGAUGAGCCUAUGCGAUGCGCAAAGUGUGCCCACCUCUCCCAGGGGCUGCAUGAUUGGACGAAGUUGCAGCAUUAUCAGCUGCAGCGGAAACCUAGGAUACAACGCUGUUGGUAACGAAGCGUCCAUAGUCUCACCCACGUCUCCGAACAAGCGCUUCCCGAAGCCAACUAUAGUGCGACGUCAGCUUAGCGACAGUAGUGAAACAUUUGACCGUACUGACGCCGACAGCAGCAGUAUACAUCAACCUCCGCCGUUACCACAACCUAUGGCAGCAAGCACACUGAGGGAUGGUGUGUCGGUCAUGAGUCUACUUAUUCCUGGUCAAGGACGGAAAAGGGGUCUCCUGUCAACUAUGGUUUUUGGCAGUGGGAACAAGAAUAACAAGAUACUAGGCGGUGCGGAUUAAGAGGCGUCAAAAAAAAAAAAAAAAAAAGGAUUGUAGAAUUGUAGGAGUUGCAAGGUGUUAAGCCCAUAGUUAUUGGUCCUCUCAGCGUCUUUUUUACUAAUGCUCUUCAGCCAUAAUUUCAUCCGCAACAAUGCCAAUCAAAACAACGGUUACUUCAUUAUAGAUCAUGCUGUAGAAUCGAUCGAAAAGGCUAUAAUGCUAAUAGAACGCGAGAAACACCAAGUGCACAUGAAAUAUAAUGAGAACGAGCGUGGUGCGAUAGAAACAUGCGUUUAUUUUUUCUGGCUCUCGAGUCCAUCGAGUCUAUGAGGGAGAGAGAGGUCCACGCGACAGGGCA